AUAAAUUUAUGUUAAACACGUGUCGUGUAGUAUAACUUAAAGAUCUUUUACAUGUAAUAUCAAAACGGAAACACGUUUCAUGUAAACAUCACGUCCAAUACUUCACACUACUAUACAGUAUUGUAUUACAACGCUCGGUGCUUCACAAAAAGUUUACAAUUUUCGCUCACGUGGAAUAUUAAACAUGGCAGACGCAGGGAACGCUAAGAGAAAAAUUGUCAUAGCAAUGGAUGGCAGUCAAAUAUCCGAGGACGCAUUGAGGUGGUAUGUGCGUUCAAUGAGACAGGAUGGAGAUUAUGUAACGGUGGUCUACACACCUGAAUUCAAAAACCUCACACAUGUUUCGGUGAUUGCAGCUGAUGCUUCAUUAGUACAAAAGAUUGUCGAUGACGAAAAGAAAAACACUGAAGCCCUUAUGGAAAAAGUCACGGGUCUUUUGAAGACUUUAGAGGUUAACGGUGAAGCUAAACAAUCCAUUGGAGAACCUGGAGAACAAAUAAUAGAAGUAGCCAAUGAGGUUGGAGCAAAUUUGAUCAUAACCGGAAGUCGUGGUCUCGGAACGCUUAGACGCACGUUCCUUGGCAGCGUUAGUGAUUACGUCGUUCAUCAUGCCCACAUUCCAGUCCUUGUGUAUAAACCGGAACAUAAACAUUGAGUCAUUUUGGGGGAGCAGACGACAGUUUGUCAGUUUAUUGUUAUGGGACAAAAAUCAUCGUAAGGGAUGUGAAUUUUAUUUUGAUUCGAUGAUUUUAAUUCUAAGUAUAUUUGUUCAUGUAUGUGUUCAAUAGGAACGGUUUAAUUUUUGGGAUUUAAAACGGAAUGUCCACAUAUAAUCAUAUAUAAUAUGAAUCUACAACACCACGUGCGAUAUUUGCAUAUAUAUUAAAUAAACAUUUUCCUAGCCGUUACAGAA